AUGGCGCCAGUAAUCCACUUCGACUAUGACUUCUCUCCGUACGGCCAAAAGACCAAGUUACUUCUAAAAGCAGCAGGAGUGGAGUUCCAAAAGUGCGAUCAGCCGGCUGUUCUACCUCGCAAAGAUCUCGAAGCGCUUGGAAUCACAUACCGACGCAUUCCACUUUUAUCGGUCGGAAAGGACAUCUAUGCCGACUCCUCCAAGGUCAUCCAAACAAUCCUCUCACUUKGAAACAUUCCCACCGGUCCAGCAGACAAAGCAUAUCAGACAUGGGGCGACACAGUCUUCAACGAAGUCCUCGGACUCAUUCCCAGCCAAGUCCUAUCCCCCGAAUUCGUCAAGGACAGAAAGAGCAUCUUCCCCAUCGUGGAACGUCCAGAUCUGGAAACCAUUCGUCCCAGCGCUCUCGCUGGAUUCAAAUCCCGUCUCCGGGAAGUUGAAGAGGACUUUUUGGGAGAUUCCAACGGUCCUUUCAUUCACGGAGACAAGAUCUCCCUCGCAGAUAUCCACAUCGUGUGGCCGCUUCGCUGGGCACUCAAUGAUCUCGGCGCCGCGCACGAUGUCGGGACGGGCAAGAAUGAUUUCCCUAAAGUCUGGCGCUUGAUUGAGAGUUUGCCGCAAGUUUCCCCUUCUGCGCUGAGUGCCGAGGAAACACACAAGGCUAUUCGUGAGAGUGAAUAUACAUCCAAGGGACCGAAUAGUGUUCAGCAAAAUGAUGCGUAUGGGAUUGCUGCUGGCACGCAGGUCUCGAUUGAGAGCUUUGAUUCGACUCCUGGCUCGCACCCCCAAAACGGCAAGCUUGUUGGAACUAGCAUUGAUGAGGUUGUUAUCGAGGUCGAUGAUGGCAUUCGUCUUCAUUUCCCAAGGAUCGGAUAUAUUGUGCGUGCUCAGUAA